UGUGUCCUACGCAUCGGCAGUCGGCAAUCGUCAGUGAGUUUUUGUGACUCCAAGCGCUCUCUGAGAAAUUAACAUUAAUCGGUGGUGGGAUACCCCAGCCGUCCGUUAUAAGGUAAAAAAUGCGAAGCAUCAAAAAACGGGCCGCGCAGCGAAUACUCUAUACUCUCAGAACAGAUGCAAUUCACGCGCGCGCGUCUCAAAGGCGAAGGAUAACCGCAAUCCAUUCUGCACUGCAAACAGAAGGCAGGAGGCGUUGCCUCUCAUCCAAUCUUGCUCGACGUUGCUCCCGCCCGUUCGCAUGGCAAACAGAUGAUAAUGGCACAUGGCGACAUCAGUUAGGACAAGAUACGUAGACAGGAUAUCAAAGGGGCUGCAUAUUGUACGCCUAAUCAAGGGACAUGGCUGCCAACGCAGCGGCGACAUCGGCGACCCGUGAAUUCGUGGAGGGCUGGACGCUGGCGCAGACCCUAGGCGAAGGUGCCUAUGGCGAAGUCAAGCUGCUUAUCAAUCGUCAGACGGGAGAGGCCGUGGCCAUGAAAAUGGUCGAUCUGAAAAAGCAUCCCGAUGCCGUGAUCUCAGUGCGCAAGGAGGUGUGCAUCCAAAAAAUGCUGCAAGAUCCGCACAUUUUACGCUUCUUCGGCAAACGAUCGCAGGGACACGUGGAGUACAUAUUUCUUGAAUACGCUGCCGGGGGCGAGUUGUUCGAUCGCAUUGAGCCCGACAUCGGAAUGCCACAACAUGAAGCCCAGCGAUACUUCACGCAAUUGCUCUCCGGACUUCAGUAUUUGCAUCAGCGCGGCAUCGCCCAUCGCGAUCUGAAGCCGGAGAAUCUGCUACUAGACGAGCACGACAAUAUAAAAAUAUCAGACUUUGGAAUGGCCACGAUGUUCAGAUGCAAGGGACGAGAGCGGCUGCUGGACAAGCGAUGCGGCACUCUGCCGUAUGUGGCUCCUGAGGUUCUGCUAAAGCCCUACCAUGCGCAGCCGGCGGACAUUUGGUCGUGUGGUGUCAUAUUGGUUACGAUGCUGGCGGGUGAGCUGCCGUGGGACCAGCCAUCGGCGAGCUGCACGGAGUUCAUCAAUUGGAAGGACAACGAUCGUUGGCAAACGCAGACACCGUGGAGCAAACUGGAUACUUUGGCCAUAUCCCUGCUACGCAAAGUUCUGGCCAGCAGUCCAGGUGGACGCCUCACGCUGGAGAAGAUUCUCGACCACAAAUGGUGCAACAUGCAGUUUGCUGAGCAUGAUCGUUCCUAUGAUUUGGUUGACUCGGCGGCUGCCUUGGAGAUUUGCUCGCCCAAGGCCAAGCGGCAGCGUCUGCAGUCGAGCGCGCAUCUCAGCAACAAUCUGGAUGACUCGAUAUCACGCAACUAUUGCUCGCAGCCCAUGCCCACGAUGCGCAGCGACGAGGACUUUGAUGUGCGGUCCCGCAACAGACAUGUCAAUGGCCAAGAAGACGGUGACAGACAGGCGCUGGUCCAGGAAGCACGCUUAACCUACUGCUUCUCCCAGCCGGCGAUGCUGGAUGAUCUGUUGCUGGCAACGCAAAUGAAUCAAACGCAAAGUGCCUCACAGAACUACUUCCAGCGCCUGGUGCGACGCAUGACCCGCUUUUUCGUGACCACGCGCUGGGAUGAUACAAUUAAGCGGCUCGUGGGCACAAUCGAGCGUUUGGGUGGAUACACGUGCAAAGUUAGCGACGAUGGCGUUGUCACAGUGUCCACCAUUGAUAGACGUAAGCUCCGCUUAGUAUUUAAGGCGCAUAUCAUUGAGAUGGAUGGAAAGAUACUCGUCGACUUCCGGCUGUCAAAGGGCUGCGGCCUCGAGUUCAAGCGUCGUUUCAUUAAAGUUAAGCUUGCCCUGGAGGAUAUUUUACUAAAAGGACCAACAACUUGGCCAAUUGCGAUUGCAACCAAUUCGGUGCCCUAGAUUUUAGUACUAAUAGACAUAGAGUUUUUUAAAUUAGCCUAUCAUUUGUUUGUAAUCACAAUUCAUGUGUCUUUUUUAACUUUUUUACUUUAUACACAGAAUAAGUAUUUCAAAGAGUUUUUAGUUUUGUUAAAUGUUGAAUAAGUAUUUUACUGUAGUUAGCUAAACGUUAUGAAACAAUAAAUUGACACUGAUUAUGACGACAUUUAAACAAAAUUAAGAUCGUAAUUUCUAUAUGAAAAUAUGUUAAAUAAAUUAUAAACCAAUUUAUAAAUCACAACUGGCUUUAUGGAUGUGGAGAGCCAGAGAAACGAACGUCCGCUUAUUAGAAUUUUACAUAGUGAAUAGAGUAUGCCGCAGUCGGUUUUCAUCGAUGGCAAACUUCUAAAUUAUUUUGUGAAACUAAACAUAGAUUAUUUUUUCUACUGACAAUAAAUAUACAGAACCAGAUGAGAUUAUUAAAUUACAUGCAGCUUGGAAACUAUCGCUAGAAAUAGAAUUAUAGAACAGCAAAUUUGAUGUUAGGGCUUUACAAUUUUCGUUGAUUUUAAUCAGCAUUGAACAAAGUUCCAUCCAGAUGGGAUGGUUCGAUAAUUAGGUUUACUG